AAUCGGCUACGUUCAAUUAUUUCUGCUACGUGUUAUUCAAUUUGGUUGGCGAAAAUAAAAGGGAAUUUCGUAUUUUGAUUGCAGCCAGGAGGCGGAUGUUUGAUAAACAGCUGAGCAAAUCUCAAAGAAAUAUAAAAGCCAAUUUGAUAUCAAGACACCCUUUCUCAGAAGAAAGACAAAGUGAUACAUCAGUGAAUUGUGAAGUUCAGUGUCAAGCAAUUAUCUUUCAACUAUGAGACGAGCAGCGGGAGCAGGUGGAGCAAACAAUGCCUCUAGUCAAAGCUAUGGGGAUUACAAUGCUAUUGAGGAAGAGAAUCAGCAUCUGACUGAAGAUCUGCGCUCAAAAGUCAGCAUCUUAAAAGCACUCAGUAUAGACAUGGGCCAUGAAGUCAAUGAGCAAAAUAAGCUCAUAAGUGGCAUGGACCAACAAUUUGAUUCCACAGGUGGUUUUCUUGGUGCUACGAUGGGUCGCUUAUCACGCCUCUCCAAAGGAGGUCUCCAUUGCCACUAUCUAUACCUGUUUCUGUUCGCUGCCUUUGUCUUCUUUAUCAUCUAUAUUAUCCUUAAGUCAAGAUGACCUCUGACCUAUGAAGAAAUAUCUGUGAACAUUCAGAAAAGUUACAGCCUUCAAAGUAAAAUAUUUUCAGCUGUAGCAAUUUUAUGUGUAUGAUGAGUGACUUUAAAGGCAUGAUGAUUUUAUAGCACACCAAAACAUUGUGUCUUAGGGUGACUGUCAAAAGAUAGACUACUAGCUUGGAUCUAGGACGGACAUGGAAAGAAAGAAUGAUUGGGAUAGAUAAAUGCUAUACUAUUUUAUCUUAUGUAAAACUGAAAAUUUUAUGAUGCUUGAAUUUGACAUUUCCAGCAUCAAAUUUGUAUUAUUCAAUUUUUGUGUAGAAUAGGGUCAUUACUGUAUUAAUACAAUGUACUGUGAAAGAGGGGACAAAUUAGCCAUUAGCUUUAAACAAAAGAGGUGUGUCAAAUUGAUACUGACAACACAAAAGGGGGAAAAGCACUUAAAUUCUUUAAAUUUUAAUAGAUCAUUUGAAUGAAUCAUACCUUGAAUGGGAAGUCCACUCUUAAAUCAUUUUAAAUCAUGCUGGUUUUGAUUUAAAAAAAAAAAAACAGAAAAAGAUGAAGAUUAUUAAUGAAAGAAAAAUGUGACAAGUGAAAAAAUGUUCAGAGUGAGAAUCAUUGAAGUACUCUGUCAGGUAAUUCUAAUGCAAGCUGCUUCCCUAUACAUAUUGCAUCAUUUGUUGAUGAUGGAAGAAAAGCAUCAAAAGAAAAGGAAGUUGAUUCAUUCAUUUAUCCUUCUUCAAAUAGACAAUGGAAGCAUUAUUCAAAGAUGAAGCAUUAAUGGUACAAUAUUAGGCAAAAUUAAGUAGACUAUCCUUUUAAACAACAUGUUAGCCACUGUGCAUAUGCUAUGGGAAGCAGAUGAAGGCAGUUUAUUUUCUCCCUUCCCCAAACAAUG